AUGACGGAUCUGACGCCGGACGAGCGGGAGAUAUUCGCGAGCGCGUCGCGCUUUUACGCGUGCGAGAGACCGUUCGAGGCCGAUGACGCUCGCGUGUGCGAUCACUGUCACUUGACCGGCGGUUUCAGAGGUCCGGCGCAUUCCGCGUGCAAUUUGAAUUACAAGGACUCCUACAUUAUACCCGUAUUCUUUCACAAUCUAUCGGAAUACGACGCGCACUUCAUUAUCAAGGAUGUGGCUAACACGUAUCCCGGCAGCGUCGAGUUGUUGCCGGUGACGAAGGAAUCGUACAUAGCUUUCUCGAAGACCGUUCGAGAUACCGCGGCGGCGGAGGGAGACGAGGGAAACGCCGCGCGUUCCAGAUAUGUCAAAUUACGAUUCGUGGACUCGUUCAAGUUUUUAGGCGCCGGUCUCGAUAAGCUGGCGUCAUAUCUCGACGAGAGCAAACUGACGAUCACGCGAGGCAAGUUUCGCGAUCUCUCCGGCGACGACUUCCGGCUUCUCACGCGCAAGGGCGUGUUUUCGUACGAGUACGUCGACAGUGUCGAGAGACUGCGGGAGAUGCGUCUCCCGCCGCGCGAGUCCUUCUACAGUUCUCUGACUGGCGAUACCGUAUCGGAGAGCGAUUACGCGCACGGGACGCGCGUCUGGAAGCGAUUUAGCGUCGAAACGUUGGGCGAGUACAGCGAUCUCUAUCUGAAGACCGACGUUCUUCUGCUCGCGGACGUGUUCGAAAAUUUUCGCUCCGCUUGCUUGGAGAGUUACGAGAGUUUAGAUCCCGCGUACUACUUCACGCUGCCGGGAUACACGUGGGACGCGAUGCUGAAGUACACGGGGGUCCGUUUCGAUCUGCUCACCGAUAUCGAUAUGAUGAUGUUCGUGGAACGCGGAAUACGCGGCGGUCUGAGUCAGUGCUCUAACAGAUACGCUCGCGCUAACAACAAGUACAUGAGUGCGUACGAUCUGUCGCGACCGUCGAUCUAUCUGAUGUAUCUCGAUAUCAACAAUCUGUACGGUUGGGCGAUGUGUCAGCCAUUGCCGUACGAGCGAUUCGAAUGGGUCGAGAGUCUCGACGUGAUAUCUGCGACGGAGGACUCGACCGUCGGUUACCUUCUCGAGGUCGAUCUCGACUAUCCGGCCGACGUGCACGACGCCCACGCCGAUCUACCGUUUUGUUCCAUGCGCGAUAAGCCGGGGAAGCGACAGAGCAAACUCCUAGCCACGUUGUACGAUAAGCGCCGAUACGUCACGUACUAUCGCAAUCUGCAGCAGUGCGUUCGUCACGGUCUGCGUCUGACGAGGAUUCAUCGCGCGCUGCGCUUCUCGCAGUCGCCGUGGUUACGCGGAACUUAA